UGUGGAUCCUAUGAAUAACCCUGUCCCCCUUUAUAAGGAUAAUUUCCUGGCAUUUCGUUAACCGGCAUCAGCGUAUAAAGACAACUCAACUACUGUUUAGCUUUAAGAUGAAACGUGUGUUCUUAGUGAUCAUAUUCAUUGCCUCAUUUCAAGGUGUGCCAGCUGAGGAUGUGGGCAGGAUCGUUAACGGCGCAGAAGCUGCUCGCGGAGAAUUCCCUUGGCUUGUUUCGAUUUCUGAGAAUGAUCGACACAUUUGCGGUGGGUUCAUCUACAACGAUCGAUUCAUCGUCACCGCUGCGUCUUGUGUCUUUGAGAAAGCCAUCACUUCUUUGAAGGUGAAGGUUAGUGGGUUGGUUUUAGGCAUACCCGAACCGGGUGAACAAAAUAUCGAAGUCUUUUCUGUACACGUUCAUCCGUCUUAUGACACCAUGUUUAAACUGCACGACUUGGCGUUCGUUAAGUUGAACAGGCCCAUCGUUUUUGGUGAUGCUGCAAAAGCAAUCCGCUACGAAGAGCCAGACGAAUCGAUUCAAACGGCAACUAUAGCUGGAUGGGGAUUGAUUUCGGAAACGGGCGAUCAGACUCAAAGGCUUCAGAAAACAACAAUUUUUAACCUCGCGGCUAAUUGCAAUAUUUAUGGGAUCAAUGAAUAUUCCGCCAAUCACAUGAUUUGUGCUGGAGAUGGAACGACUUCUCCCUGUAAUUACGAUCAAGGAUCGCCGCUGGUUCAAGCAACACCUUCCGGAAACAUUGUCAUCGGAAUCAUGUCGAAGAAUAAUGGCUGCGUGUCUCCCUAUCCACCAACGAUUUACACCCGCCUAGCAACCUAUUAUUCUUGGAUCAUGCAAACUGCUGGCCAACAGCCAGCAAAUCUUUAAUCCCCAGUAAAAAGAAAUGAAACCAUGAACGGCCAUCAAGCGAUUCACGAUUGACUUGUGUUCAGACGAGUUGAACUCUUUCAAAAAUAAAAGCAAAUUACACUUGAAAUUUAGUCAUGAA